UUUGUAACGUAUGGUAUACCACGUAUUUUUACCAACAUAUUCGAUAUGAUAUUUACUAUAUUUAAACAAAUAAGUUAAAUUUAAGAGGUUUAUCAUUGGAGGAAAAUUUAGAGGUGAAUAUAUGAUAUAAUUACAUAACCCGUUUGCACAAAUUCUGUCGUUGGAUGCUGUCAAUCGUCGGAACGCACGUUUUGUUGAGUGACAGUGGACAUUAAAGGGACAUAUCGGCGGUAGACAUCGACGCGCUUUCACGAUCAAGUAACCGAACGAAAUGUCUCCUGAAGAAAACGGAAGCGAUUCAUAUCAACUGGACCAAAUAAAUACGGAAGUAGUAACACUGAUGACACCUUUGAUCGUGUAUCUGAGCGUGGUGAUGUUCUUUGGUCUACUGGGCAACAUUCUCGUCUGCUUUUACUAUGGGCAUGAGACAAGGCGCUCCGGUCACGCCGUUUUUAUUUGCACACUUGCCUUAUUUGACUUGGCAACCUGUGCAUUGUCGAUUCCACUUGAGUUUGUAGACACGAAGUUUUACUACACUUUUACUAACAUUCCUCUCUGCAGGUUUCUCAGUUUUGUUAACCAGGUGACCGUUAUGGGAAGCGCGUUUACACUUUUGGCGAUAGCUGUAGACCGCUUUCGAAGAAUAUGUCGACCUUUGAAGAAACAAUUGGACUUAACUAAAUGCAAAUUAGUAUGUGUUCUUUCAUUCGUGCUCUCCUUGGUUUAUUCCUGGCCGGCAUUAAUCUUGUACACAUCGGUUGAAGUAGAUUUGCGUGCGUCAAGUGGUAGAAUUGUGAAAGGCCAUGACUGCGCGACCUCCACGGUCAAAAGUUACAAAACCUAUAUCUGGGGUCAUAAUGUGCUUUAUUUGAUUACAUUCAUUAUUGGUACUGGGACUCUCGUCGUGAUGUAUUCACUCGUUGGAAAGGCUAUUUAUCAACACAAAAGAUAUGUCGCACGCAAUCAUUCGAAUCACACAGAUGUACAGACACCUCAAACUUCCAGAUGCGACAUAGGUGUUGAAAAGAACGAGGCUUCUUGUGAUGGAAAAUCGCAAAUAAAUGAAAUGCAGCAAAACGAAGAAUGUUCGAACAAUGUUUCUAUUAAAUACACCAUGAUCAUGUUAGUUAUUGCGGCAGUGUUUAUUAUCAGCUUUCUACCUUAUCUCAUCUUAGUGAUACUUAACGCAUUUCUGGGUAUAAAGGAUUCGGCUAAAGGAGGUGCUCUUGUUGCAUACAAGAUUGGUUCGCGCUCUUACUUUCUCAUGUCUGCAAUCAACCCAAUGAUUUACGGAUUACUCAAUACACAAUUCAGAAAGUAUUAUAGCUCCAAGCUCGUUCGGUGUAAUAGAUGCGAAGUCCGGAGCAAAAAUUUACAGUCCAGCUCUGAUGCAACGGCUACUACGAAUGUAUAGGCUUAUAUGUAUGUAACUUCACAUACUUAUAUUGCUUUUGAACACAACAAAAUGAAGCAGUUUACAAUGACUAAUGAAUUAAGGUAACUUAUAUUUGAAAACAAUAUUAAAGCAAUAGUCCGAAAGAACAUAGUUGGACAUAUGUUAUCUGGCAUUAGUUCUAAUGAAUGUUAAGAUUUUUUUUGAAACCGUCUUUUUUAAGAAGUGUAUCGUAUCUUUUAAUACUUUUUUUUGAAAAUACCCUUAUGUACAUGCUUUGCAGAACAUGCUUUUUUUCUUAUUUAAAUGUAAUCAAAAGUAAUGUUAACGAUUUUUGUGACUAUUGAUUUUUAUUUCGAUCAGAAAUAUUCCCAUUAGAGAUGGCAGUUAAUCUUUUAUCUCAUCUGAGUGUUUGACCAGUUGUUACCAUCAUAGCCCCAAGUGUGUCGAGCGUCGCUCGUCCUCAUUUUGAAAUGUCAUCUCCUUUUAAACAAAUACACCAAUUUUAAUUAAGUUGAACACAGUUAAUGGGUUGCACUUUGGGCGGUAGAUGAAGAUUGAUUAAGACAGCUAUAUCAACAAUUAAAUUAACAAUUGGACUAAAUGUAAUCGAAGUUAAUUGUGGUUUUUGCAGAAUUCAUGCAAGGCGCUUGUAUGAAGAUCUUCAUUAAGCAAUAUAAUAUUUAAAAUGAUAGUAUAUCAUCAAUUUAGUGUAUCUGUGAGUUGUCGUUGUGUCCUUUUCCCAUUUAAUGUAUUAAAUAGCACGAUAGAGCGACGAGGACAAUAAUGUUCUUAAUAAAAACAAUGUUUUGUCUGGAUACGCCUGUAAUUUGCCUCAUGUAAAUCACUAAAUGGUUUUGUUUCAUUAAAAGUCUAGUUUAUGCACAUGUAUGCUGAUUUUUAAGAUGAACGAAUCAAAAGAAAAUCGUGACUUUGUAAUGUGUUAUAUGUUAUUAAAAUAGUUGUCACCGAGCUAAACAAUAUACAUAUUUAAUCUUGCAUUUAUAUUUAUUUGUCUUUUACGAGAGCGCAGAUGGUUGAAAUGAAUUGUACCUGUAUAUGCAUCCAAUUGCUUUUGUUUGCCCUUAUAAUUUGUUUAUGUGUCUUUACAAAAUUGUAUAUGUUUCGUAUGUUGCAUAAAUUUAAAUAGCACAAUGUAAAUUGAAUUAUGUUAGCUCAAUUAAAGAUUGUGGCCACAUAUAAUUAUACCUAUGCGUUUGCACCAGUAUUUGCACCUUCCACUAACAUCUUACACAGAGGGCAAGCAUGCAACAAAUGCAAUAAAAAAAGGGCAAAUCCAGUACGUCGAUUCUGAAUAAAUCUUAAAAAUUGUUCAACAAAGUAAUUGUGUUUAAGCCGAAAUAUUAUAUCAAACCACUUACAAAUAGAGCGGAUCUUCGGCAGCAAACACAUAAUUGUGCGUUCUUCUUUGUUGUUGCUUUAGAUCCAUAUAUAGUUCCAGCAGAAAUAAAUAAGAGUUUCGAUUGUGGGGUGUUUUUUUGUCUAGUUUUUGGUAAAUGAAAAGGGGAGUUAAAUGCAGGUACAUUUUUCAACUUAAAUAUUCAAUGCACAUAUACUUUCCUUAAAUAAUUAAAAGCACUGAUGUGUCAAUGAAGUAUUGUUAAUAUGUAAUUGUAUUCAUACACGUGCCUUGUGUUUGAAGCUGCACUGAGUUGCAUGAAUGUAACCUCUUUACUUGCAGAAGCCAAAGCUGGAAUAUUGCAGACCGUCAGGUCAAUAUAUAAAUGAAAGAGGGUCGUUCAGAUAUCUAAUUUGCCAAUCACGUGCGUAAAAUUAUGUGAUUAGCAUCUAUAUGUAAUUACUAUAUAUAAUUAUAUUAUGUAAAAGAAGUAUUGAUAUCUCAUUUCGCAAAAGUUUUAGUCAGAUGUAUCUGUUUAUGUGUAAAAAAUACAAACGUUCAACGUAUA